GCAGAGUGCCGGAACUUCAUCAAGGUGCUGCUGGUGCACAGCAAGAACCUGCUCUUCGUCUGCGGCACCAACGCCUUCAACCCCGUCUGCGCCAACUACAGCAUGGACACGCUGGAGCCCGUCGGGGACAACAUCAGCGGCAUGGCCAGGUGUCCCUAUGACCCCAAGCAUGCCAACGUGGCCCUCUUCACAGGGGGGAUGCUCUUCACGGCCACCGUGACGGAUUUCCUGGCCAUCGACGCCGUCAUCUACCGCAGCCUGGGGGACAGUCCCACCCUCCGCACCGUCAAACACGACUCCAAGUGGUUCAAAGAACCCUACUUUGUGCACGCAGUGGAAUGGAAGAGCCACGUCUACUUCUUCUUCCGGGAGAUCGCCAUGGAGUUCAACUACCUGGAGAAGGUGGUGGUGUCUCGGGUGGCCCGGGUGUGCAAGAACGACAUGGGGGGCUCACAGAGGGUGCUGGAGAAGCAGUGGACCUCCUUCCUCAAGGCCCGGCUCAACUGCUCCGUGCCGGGUGAUUCCCACUUCUACUUCAACGUCAUCCACGCCGUGACCGACAUCCUGGAGCUGGACGGGCGCCCCGUGGUGCUGGCUGUCUUCUCCACCCCUGCCAACAGCAUCCCUGGCUCAGCUGUCUGUGCCUUCGACAUGACCCAAGUGGCUGCUGCCUUUGAGGGACGUUUCCGGGAGCAGAAAUCCCCUGAGUCCAUCUGGACACCUGUGCCCGAGGACGUGGUGCCCAAGCCCCGGCCGGGGUGCUGCGCCUCCCCGGGGAUGCCCUACAACUCCUCCAGCACCUUCCCCGACGAGAUCCUCCACUUCGUCAAGACGCACCCGCUGAUGGACGAGGCGGUCCCAGCCCUGGGCCACGUGCCCUGGAUCCUCCGCACCAUGAGCCGGUACCAGCUCCGCAAGAUCGUGGUGGACAACGCGGCGGGGCCGUGGGGGAACCACACCGUGGUCUUCCUGGGCUCCAGCACCGGCACCAUCCUCAAGUUCCUGAUCCAGCCCAGCUCCAGCACCAGCCCCGUGCCCGCCCCCCCGGGCAGCCAGAGCGUCUUCCUGGAGGAGUUUGAGACCUACCAGCCUGGGAGGUGUGGCCGGGACACGGAGGACGAGCGGCGGCUCCUGGGGCUGGAGCUGGACAAGGCAGCAGGGUCCCUGCUCUUGCCCUUCCCCCGGGUGCCUGUGGCUCGCUGCCAGCAGCACUCGGCCUGCAUGAAGAAUUGCCUCGGGAGCCGGGAUCCCUACUGUGGCUGGACACCUGAGGGCUCCUGCGUCUUCCUGGAGCCCAGUCCCAGGGUGGCCUUUGAGCAGGACAUCAGCGGCGGCAGCACGUCCCACCUGGGCGAGUGUGAGGGUCUGGUGACCGAGAGCUUCGUGGACGAGCCAGACGGGUUGGUCUCAGUGAACCUCUUGGUGAUCUCCUCCGUCGCCGCCUUCGUCAUCGGCGCCGUCAUCUCCGGCUUCAGCGUCUGCUGGUUCAUCGGGCACCGGGACCGCAAGGAGCUGGCGCGGCGCAAGGACAAGGACACCAUCCUGGGCCACGGCGAGGGGGUGGUGAGCGUGAGCAGGCUGGGCGAGCGGCGGGCGCGGGGCCGCCAGCCCGGGGCCCUGCUGGCCCCUCUGAUGCCCAACGGUUGGCCCAAGGAGUUGGGGAAAGUCACCACCGCCCAUCACGACCUGGACUCUGGGGUGUUACCCACGCCGGAGCAAACCCCUUUGCAGCAGAAACGUUGCCCCGGUCCUCUGCAAAACUGCACUUGGGAGCAGAGUCACAACAUCAUCAACGCGGCCCUGCGGGACCCCGGA